UCUCGGGCGGCGACACCGUCCUCGUCCUUGGCACCGGCGGCGUGUCCAUCUUCGGCCUCCAGAUCGCCGUCGCGAGCGGCGCGACCGUCAUCGCGACCUCGUCCUCCGACAAUAAGCUAGGCGUUUCGAAGAAGCUCGGCGCGAGAAGACUCCCGACUGGGUAAUGGAGGUUCCGUGGAUCGUGAGUGAUCGCUAGGCAUGGGUACGUAGGUGGGCUGACUCCGGUAGACGGGCGGGCGAGGCGUGGACCACGUCAUCGGGGCGGGCACGAGGAACAAGUCGCUCGCGAGCAUGCGAUAUGGCGGGACGGUCAGCGUGAUCGGCUUCGUCGGCGGGGUGAAUAUUCCAUUUCACGUCUACAUAUGCCCGCUCACUGUCGCUUGUCCCGCCAGGCGCGACAUGUCGAAUUCGCCUAGUAUCGUCUUGAGGGGAGCACUAGUAGGUUGAUGCGUCUGCCGGGCCAAACCACACAACUCGUCCUCGAUCCGGGCGGUGGACGAGGGGGCUCGUGUGGUCAACGAGGGCCUCAAGAGAGAUUCUAACGGGGUGUACCUCUUGCCCUCGUUGUCUUGCUCAUGUUUAUUGAGAGAUACCAUCUAUGAAUGCUACUGUCUGAUAGUUGUCCGCGCUUCGACUAGCUACGC